AGUCUGAUUUCGUAUAAAACGCCGAUCGAGUGAAAAACAAAGCGGAAAUCAGUAGAAGCAGAAGGCGAAGAAGCAAGAAUGAGCAGCAUCGGAACCGGCUACGAUCUCUCCGUCACCACCUUCUCUCCCGACGGCCGCGUUUUCCAGAUCGAAUACGCCGCCAAAGCCGUCGAUAACAGCGGGACCGUGGUCGGCAUAAAAUGCAAGGACGGUAUUGUUAUGGGUGUGGAGAAGCUCAUUGCGUCCAAAAUGAUGCUGCCCGGUUCCAAUCGCAGAAUUCACUCUGUCCAUCGUCAUUCUGGCAUGUCAGUUGCUGGAUUAGCAGCAGACGGGAGGCAAAUAGUUGCACGAGCAAAGUCUGAAGCAACAAAUUAUGAAAGUGUCUAUGGCGAGCCUAUUCCAGUGAAGGAACUCGCUGAUCGUGUUGCUAGUUAUGUCCAUCUCUGCACGCUCUAUUGGUGGCUCAGACCAUUUGGCUGUGGAGUAAUUCUUGGAGGUUAUGACAGAGACGGACCCCAAUUAUACAUGAUUGAACCUUCUGGCAUUUCAUAUAGGUACUUUGGUGCUGCAAUUGGGAAAGGAAAGCAGGCUGCUAAAACAGAAAUUGAAAAAUUGAAGCUUUCAGAAAUGACAUGCAGGGAAGGUGUGAUUGAAGUAGCUAAGAUCAUUUAUAAGGUACAUGAUGAGGCCAAGGAUAAGGCCUUUGAAUUGGAAAUGAGCUGGGUCUGUGAUGAAUCAAAGCGCCAACAUGAGAAGGUGCCAGAAGAUCUUUUGGAGCAAGCCAAGGCUGCAGCCAAGGCAGCUUUAGAGGAAAUGGAUGCUGAUUGAUGAAGAAUUUGUUGCCCUUCUUUCUGCUUCCUCCUGCCAUGCUCUUCUCCCGGUGCUUUUUUAUUUUUAUUUUUGGGGUUAGUGUAUCAUUGCCACUGCUCACAGAUUAUGGGAUCUGAAAAGAUGUUAUUGAUUUGGGUGCCAAAAGAAUAUUUUGACAAUUUGCUUAACAAUUUAAUAUUUGUUUUGUGUGGCAAA